AUGCCGGCCGACAGACUCCUCAAUACGGUCCUGCAACUGUACCAAAACGUCCACGAUGACCGCAAGACGGACCAGAUCGUCGGCUCGACCGUGACACUCCUCACGACUCUUUCAAACCCACUGAACCUCGGUCUCCUCACCUCACAGCUGCUCACCGCGCCGGCCAUCUGGCACCGCCGCGACGGCCUACAAACGAGCCUGCGCAUCAUCUCCGUCUACAACAGCGCUGCGAUCCGGGUGCGCCAGAAUGAGCUGGACAAUGCCAAAAUCACGGCUCCACACGCUCCGCGGCAGGGCGGCGGGCUCGGUUGCGAUGCCUGGGUCAGAGCCGUAGUCAAGGGCGCCGACGACCGCUCCAACCGGUGGCAGCAUCUGUUAGUUCUGACGGGCAUCCUGAUGGGCAUGGAAGGCAACGAUAGGCACUCGCUGUCGCGGGGUCUGAGGAAUACGCUAGAGGAGGCGGUCGUAACGGCCGCGAAUCUGGCUUUGUCGAGGCAGGACGGGUCGUUUGCUUCGGCGUCGAUUGUGCUUGCGCUCAACUACGUCUUCCCGUUCCUCUCGGACUUCCAUCAGAGCGCGAUCAACUGCAAUGCGCUUCUGCCGAUUGCUGUGCUGGCUAUCACAGGGGAGGACGGCUUCCAAGAUGGCCGGUUCUUGGAGGACAUCAGAAAAGAUGUCAGGCAACACGGUCAGAUCGUUGAAUGGCACCCAAACUCCCCAUCAUUUCAGCUGCUGCAAUCGAUCGAGAGCAAACCAUUGAUGGGCGGUAUGGGGCCUUUAUCGAGAUUGGCCGCCUUUGCCGUCACGAACGCGACGGAUUCGACAAUCAUACUCGAGGCCCAGGACUCCCUUCUAGAAUUUUCGCAGAAACUAUUCCAGCAAUGGCAGCGUAAUCCGUUGUCAACAGUAGACGCCGUUGACGAGACGGCACGGCUGGAGAUCAACACGCUGGAGGCUACCUGGCCGAUCUUGUGGGGGACGCUGAAGAAGACGAUGUACGCGACGGUCGCUGUUCUGCAGGCAGUUAUCGGACGCAGCCUGCUCGAUCCUCGUAUGAGGGACGAUGCCAUGGCUCCCCAAGUCGCCACGAAGUCACUACACACCCUACGUUUCCUGUUCUUCGUCUCGUCGAGGCAUGGAGCUAGUGCGUUCCAGGCAUACACCUUCACCUACCUCACAUCUCUAGACAUAUUGUCACGCUUCGGGGACGCUUGUGUGUCCUUCCUAACCGAGACGAAACCCCCUCAUGCGGGAACGGUGCCUCCUAGCCCCCUAGACCGGACGCUGGACCUCUUCUAUAUGAACGUGUCGGAACACCUACCACUCAACAUGCCCACCGAGGCCUGCGACAGCCUCAUCGUCCGGCCAGCGACCGCCUACCUUACCCACACUGGCGCGCUGACGGCGACCAUGGUUGAGCUAUUCGAGGCAGCACACAGCGCCGUCCUCUCUGUAUUGUCCUGCCCACACAAUGGCCCCUUGACCGUGGGGCUUGUGCCGUUCUACGUUGAUGCUCUUUUUGCAUCCUUCCCUUCACAAAUAUCGUCACGGCAAUUCCGGGUAGCUUUCAAGACAGUCAUGCAGAUUGUCUCGCCGCCGUUCCCGAUCUCACUCACAGAGCCACAACUGUCUGAGACACUACUCGAGAUGGUGCGCUUCAAGGCUAUGGGCGCGAGCACCAUCCUCCUGCCCCAGACGCAAGAUGCCAUCGCGCAGAGUGAGAAGGGCGUUACGCCGCAACAAGAGCCUCUUUCCGAGCAGAGCUCGCUCGUCUUGACACUCAUCGACUCGCUGCCCUUCCUGCCAUUGCCGCUUGUGGAGGACUGGAUGACGCUGACGGCGCAGACAAUGAACGAGGUUGCCGACCCCGUCAUGCGCAAGCCUGUCAAGGACCGCUUCUGGGAGGUGCUGGUCAGCGGCGAGAUGGACGUCGAAAGGGCCACGAUUGGCGUCGCAUGGUGGACCACCAAAGGCGGGCGGGAGUUAGUCUUGGGGCGGGAUGCGCAGCAGAUUCCUAUGAUGAGUGGCGCGAUCAUGGAUGAGGGCAAGUCGAGCCGGCUGUAA